AUGGCUCCUAAACUUACCCAUCUUUUGAUAGCAUUCCUCAUCUUCUUUUCUAUCCAGUCCUUUAUAGGUCAGGCUAGAACUUUGAAAUCCGAGCGUCAGCAAUCUUUUAGCAGCUUCCUUCAAAAGCUGGAGGGAGUUCGAAAGGGCCAAACGGUGGAGGGGCUUAUUGAGCUCAAACAAUACCUCAAAAAGUUUGGAUACUUUCCGAAUGAUGAUAUCAACAUCAUGACCAGUGAUUUUGAUGAUCACUUGGAGUCUGCACUCAAAACAUACCAGAAAUAUUUUCAUCUGAAUAUUACUGGUAACCUUGACUCAACUACCAUAAAACAAAUGAUGAUUCCACGAUGUGGAAUGCCUGAUAUCAUACCAAACAAUACCAAAUCAAAACACAACAAGUUCCACAUGGUGGCUCAUUAUGCUGCUGGGCCUGAAAGGUGGCCUCCUUCCAAGUAUGAUCUGACCUACACAUUUGGCUCCGGUGGUGUCCAAGUUGUGGAUUUGGACACCUUGAGGACUGUUUGCUCAAAUGCAUUCCAAAAAUGGUCAGAUGUUUCUCAAUUCACGUUCCAGGAGGCCACUGACGGUGCAUCAGCAGAUAUUGUUAUUGAAUUCUACAGCGGUGAUCAUGGGGAUAAUGAUCCUUUUGACGGACGAGGGAACAUAUUGGCUCACGCUUUUUAUCCAGAAGAUGGCCGCCUCCAUUACGAUGCAGACGAGAACUGGAGCACUGACCCCACAAUGGACCAAACUGACUUGGAAUCCGUUUCUGUUCAUGAAAUAGGACAUCUGCUUGGCCUUCAUCAUAGUACUCAUCACCCCAAAGCCAUAAUGUUUCCAACCAUACGACGUGGAAUAAAGAAAAGGGAUCUCACCCAGGAUGAUAUUGAUGGGAUACAUGCUCUCUACGCUAAUUAA